ACCGGCCAUACCUGUUGUGCCCACACUUCGUCUCUCUCUCUCUCUCGCUCUCUCUCUUCCCCAAAACCCCAACACUUUACUGAAGCCAGCGAUUGUACCGGCCAUACCUGUUGUGCCCACACUCUCUCUCUCUCUCUCUCUCUCUCUCUCUUCCCCAAAACCCCAACACUUUACUGAAAGCAGCGAUUUGAUUUUGCGCUAGGGUUAGGGUUAGGUUUUCACACAUUGAUCGGUUCCUCUGUGUAAUGCUUGAACGACCAUCGAUCCGAUUCGUGAGCAUCAUUCAAUGUCAAUGUACGGACACUCGCAGGACAUGACGAUGCCCAACCCGAUCCCCGCCUGUGACGACGACGAUACCGGCGCCGCCGAUUCCAUCGACAACGCCCACAUUCAAUACGAUUCCCAUACGCUCGAGGACGGCGGCAUCGUCGUCGUCGAGGACGUUAGCUCCGACGGCGUCUACGUUCAGGGCGGCUCCGCUAGCUCCGAAUUGCGUGGUCAGCCUUACGACGGCUCCAGCCAGCUCACGCUUUCGUUUCGCGGCCAGGUCUUUGUUUUUGACGCGGUUACGCCGGAAAAGGUUCAAGCGGUGUUAUUACUGUUGGGAGGAAAUGAAUUAUCGCCUAGCGCUCAAGGGACGGAGUUGGCAUCUCAGAAUCCGAGGGCUACAGAAGAUUUUCCCCGAUGUAGUCAACCUCACAGAGCAGCGUCAUUAUUUAGGUUUCGGCAAAAGAGAAAAGAGCGAUGCUUUGACAAAAAAGUGAGAUAUGGUGUUCGUCAGGAAGUAGCACUCAGGAUGCAACGAAACAAGGGGCAAUUUUCUUCCUUCAAAAAGUCAGAUGGAGAUGGUAACUGGUCUAAUGGCCAGGAGUCGGGGCAGGAAGAUACCCAUGCAGAAACCUUCUGCAAGCAUUGUGGAAUAAGUUCAAAGUCCACACCAAUGAUGCGGCGCGGCCCAUCUGGUCCGAGGUCUCUGUGCAAUGCUUGUGGGCUUUUUUGGGCAAACAGGGGUUCCAUGAGGGAACUUUCCAAGAGAAGCCAUGAUGUCAAACGAACUGAGCAGGGAGGUGAAUCUGAUACUAAAGAUUUGGACAGCGUAACUGCUAUCGAUGCACACAACAAUCUUGUUCCCUUCUCUAAUGGUGAUAACUCGGCUUUAGUUGCUGAAAACUAGGUUUCGUUAAAAUGCCAACGUUGUCUCCGGCAUCAUUCAAGUAGGCUUUCCCAGAAUUUUCAUUCGGCUUGUCCGAUCUUUAUGUACAGCUAUAAUAGUGCCGUGAUCAAUACAAGAAGUAAUCUAUUUUUUUUCA